AUGAUAUUCUUGACUUUAAUUGUUAUUUUUUAUAUAUAUUCUUUUGAAGGGAGUGGCGUGAAAAUAUGUUCAUAUUUGAAAAAUCCUCAAAUAAUUUUAAUGAACCCAAUAAAAAAAAGAUAUAAAAAAACAAUGUUAUACAACAAUGAUAGUGAAAACAUUAACAUUAAUGAUAAUUAUGAAUAUGGAAAAAAUGAUUUGUUUGAAUAUUUUGCAAAACUAACUUCUGAAGAAGAAGAAAAACUUAAAGAAAUAAAAAAAAAUAAAAAAAGAAUUUCAGUUACAUAUAUUCAAAAUUUGCCUAAAAAAAAUAUAUUAUUAAAACGAUGGAAAUAUGACUUAUUUGAAAAAAUCAAAGAAAAAAUGAAAAAGGAUGAAGAAAUGGAAAGAAAAACAAAAUUAUCUAAAUAUAAAUAUAAAUUACCAAUUGAUUUUUUUAAAUUAGGUGAUUCAAUAAAAGGAAAAAUUGUAAGUAUCCAAGACAAUUUGAUCAAACUUGAUAUUAGUUCUAUAUAUUUGGCACAUUUAUAUAUAAAACGUUAUUUUAAUGAUAAAACACAAAUUCAUAAAAAAUAUAAAAUAGGAGAAUGCAUUGAUGUUGUUAUUUCUUAUAUUCACAAAAAAAACAACAUCAUACAAGUUACAAAUGAUGAAGAAGAAAUUAAAACUUUGCACACAAACUUGAAACGGCUUAAAGACGCGGGUUUUUUCAAAGAUCCAAAAAUGGAAAAAAAAAAUGAUCCAAAAAUAGUUGAUGAAAAUGAAACUAGUGAAAUAAUAGAAACAAAGGAAACGACAAAGUUAGAUGAUGAAAAGAUAAAAGAAAUACUCGGAGUGGAGUUUCAAAAAAAUGAUGAAGUAAACGAUUUAAUGUAUGUAAAAGAAGAAAAUGUAAAAAAAAAAAAAAAAAAUAUUACAGAAUUUAAAAUCGAAGAUAUAGUAGAUGGUGUUGUUAAAUUUAUAAAUGAAAAUGGAGCAUAUAUAGAUAUAGGAUGUAAGACACUCGCAUUUCUAAAUCUAGGGCAUUAUAAUAAAGAUCCAAAUUUUUUUUUAUCGAAUGGGGAUAAAAAAAAAAAUAAAAUAAAAGUCAAUGAUUAUUUUAAAAACUUAAAAAUAAGAAAAAUAGAUGUAUUAAAUAAUAGAAUAGAAGUCACACCAUAUACCAUACAAGAAGAAGCAUGUUUAAGAAUUAUAAAUCAACAAGAAUCAAUAAAAGACCAAAAUAAAUAUAUUCCUUCUCUCACAUAUAUGACAAAUAGUUACCAUGUAAUAAAUUAUCUCAAAAGGUAUAAUAAAAUGAAAAAUGAAAAAAAAAAAAAAAAAAACCAAAAUAAAAAUAAUGAAAAAUCAGACAUGAUUGAUAAUAUUCACAACUUGUUUGACAAAAGAGAUCAAUUAAACAAGUUAAGACAAGUUACUAAUUUGGAAAAAAAAAACAUUUCUUCUUUUAUAUUUAAAUAUAAUGAAUUAUCAUCCCCAAAUAAUAAUUAUCAAGAUAUUUUAGAACAAAAUGCAGAUAAUCAAGAUUUUAUUAAAGAAAUUGCCAUUGACACAAAUCAUCAAAAUAAUACCCAAGUUUUUGAUUUACAAUUUUUUAAAAAUAAAAAUAAAAAACUUAAAAAAGAAAUUGAAAACUAUAGAAAAAAUGAAACUCAAAUAGAUAAAUCAACAAAUUAUCAAAAUAAAGAAAAUAACUCUCAAAAUUAUCAAACUCCUAAUAUGCUUGAUCAAAUGUUUACAAAAUAUUCUCCACAAUAUAACAGUACAAAAGAAAAGAAUAAAUAUGAAUAUUAUGUAACUACUUCUUCAAAUAUAUCUAAUAACGAUGAAUAUUAUGACAAUUUUAAUGAUAUAUUUCAUCUAAAAAAAAAUAAUAAUAAAAAUGAUGAUUAUGAAAACCCUGAGCAAGAUGGAAAUAAGCCCGCACUUUUAUAUUUAAAAAAAAAUAUUGCAAAAAUUAAAAAAAAUAUAUUAGAAGAAGCAAAUCAAAACCAAAAAAAAACCACUCAAACAUCUUUUCCCUAUCAAAAUGAAUUCACUGACAUCGAUUCAGAAGAUCAAAUAAAACAAUCAGAUAUCGAGAAACAUAAAAUAUAUGAUAAUAUUGAUGAUAAUGAUAAUAUUGAUGAUAAUGAUAAUAUUGAUGAUAAUGAUAAUAUUGAUGAUAAUGAUAAUUAUUUUGUUCAAAAAGGAAAUCAAAAAAAAUCGUUGGAAAAUGAAGAAAGUGAUGAAAGAAAUGAAUCAUUUUUUGAUGUCAAAAAAAACUUAAAUUAUAUUUUAAGUCAAAAUAUAAAUAUGAAAAUAAUUCAAAGAAAUAAUAAUGAAGAUUUAAAAAAUCAUGAAUUAGAGAGUUAUAGUGAUAAAUAUUAUGAUGAUAAUGAAAAAUGGAUAGAUGAUGCAUCUAAACUAUUUGGAGAAAAUAUAAAAACAUGGGAUGAAAAAAUGUAUUAUUAUUUUGGCAGCAAAGACAAUAUAUCUUUAGACAAUUUAAAUAUUUAUGAUGAAUAUGAAUUUAAAAAUAAUUUGAUAGAUGAAAAGGAAGAUGCAUUUAAUAAAUAUAAUGAAAUAUUAGAUUCAGAAAAUUGGAAAAUUUCAAACGAAAAAGAUUUUAUUAGUGCAGUAUAUGCAGAUACACAAAGUAAUAACUCAGCGUGGGCUCAAAAAAAUAGUGAUAAAACAAAUGAUGACGAAAAAAACAAUAGCGAACAUUCACAAUCAUUAUUAGAUGGUCAAACGAAUUAUAGUAUCGAUUCAAAUGAUGAAAAUAUGCAGAUAUCCCCAAUCGAAAACGAUAAGAAUAACAAGUAUGACCAUUUAGAACUGAGUCAAACAGAUGCAUCUACUUCUAAUAUUUUGAAUAAAGAAAAAAUAAACCAAUUUAAUCAUAUAGAAGAAUAUAUAAAUACAUUUAUAAAUGAUGAACAAAGCCAAACAAAUAUAAAAAACACUAUUUAUUCUGAAACUAAUAAUAAUCCUUUAUAUGAAUUAUCAAAACAAGAUAAAAAAAAUGAAAAUAUUCAUAAUGAAAAUAAAAAUUUAAGAAACCAAAAUAAAUAUAGACAAGAUAUACAUGCACUAGAGAAAAAAAAUAUUCAUUACCAUUCGGACAAAUCAAAUCAAACUUUUGAUAAUGAAAUGUCUAAUAAUACAGAAACUAAAACCGAUUCGGAAAAACACGAUAAAAUAAACAUUGAUCAAAUUGUAAGUAAAGCCUUAUAUAUUGGAAAUAUGUUUAAAAAAACUGAAAUAGAAAGAUUAAAGAAAAUAGAAAAAUUAAAAGAAAUGGAAAAAUUAAAAAACGAGGAUUCUACUACAUAUUUCAUCAAUGAUAAUAACGAGAAUAAUUCCGAAUUCAAUCAAAUAAAUAAUUUUCAAAAUCCAAUUUUAAAGAUAAAUACAAAUUUUAAAUAUAAAAAUAUCAUGAAAGCUGAAAAUGAACUAUCUACAGAACCACCUUUUCAAUUAAAUAUAGAUCAAUCCAAUUCAAAAAAAUUUAAAGAUAACUAUAAAAAAAAUAUAAACAAGGAUAGUGAUGAACUAAAGGCAUAUAAGAAUGCGUCCUAUGAGGUACAAGGAUAUUAUAAAAGAAAAAUAAAAAGUGCAAUGGAUUUAGAUGAUAUAGACAAAGAAACCGACGCAGAUGUAGAACCCAAUGCCGAAAUAGACUUCUACGUUGAUGAUAUAAUAAAUAAACCCCGUGAAAAAACAAACAAAGAAAAUUUAGAAACUAAUAAUCGUGAAAUAUAUAUAAAUAACACCUUAAAUGUUGAUAGUAAAAAGGAUAUGCUUCAUUUAUAUGGAGAAUAUGAUUCAAUGGCUCAGGACAGUUAUUUAGAAAAAAUAUUGCAAAAAGAAAAAAAUACAAAUAAAAAUGCUAGUAAAGAUAUUGAGCUUAUUAUUCAGAGCUAUAGAUAUGCUAAUGAAUGCCCAGAAAAAUUCAUAGAAAAAAUGAACAAAGAAAAAGAAAUCGAAAAUGAUGAAAAACAAAAAAUGAACAAAAUAAAACCAGAGCACAACUAUAAUGAAGAAUUUCAAAUUGAAAAUAACCAAAAUGAAUUACCCACAAAUUUACACAUUAAAUCAAAAAACAUCAACUCAAUCGAUAAUAUAAGAAAUAACAUGAAAAAUGAAUUUAAUUUUUUAACAAAUAAAAGUGAAUCUUUAAAAAUUUUAUCACUGAAACUGGGAAUACUUAAAGAAAGUGAUUUACAUUUGUCUGAUCAAGAACUAAUUAACUAUUUUAUCAAUAAUAAAAGAUUUAGAAGAGUUUUGAAAUUUUAUAAUGUAAAUAUAAAAAAUGUAACUAUACCUUUGAUUUAUAAAAUUACAAAAUUGUUAUAUUUUGAGAGACCUUUCCCCAAAAAGGAAAAAAAUCAUAAACUUAGUAUUGAUUAA